AUGACGCGGGCUGGAGCUCUCCUGCUGCUCUGCGCUGCCUUGCUCCUCAUCACGGGCGGAAACUGUGACAACUGUCCGGCAGUGAGAGAGGAUGUUUACCUGUUUGUGGGGGGGACCCCUGAAGAAUACAUUGCUAAAGUAAAAGAAUACAACACAAACAGUGCGAUAGUGGCCAACACCAGGAGGCUGAAAGACAGAGUCGAUGAGAAGUUGACAGAAGAGGAUAAGCAGAAUGCUCUCAGCAUCCUGAAUAAAAUAUACUCAAGUUCUCUCUGCUGA